AGAAAUUUUUAGAAUUUGCCGAGACAGUGACGAAGAUUAAAUAUGAUGAUAAUGACACGGUAAUUGUGUGUGGUGAUUUUAAUCAGUCGGGAGUCAAGUGGAUUAAGGCGGAAGACGGUGAUUACUACCUGCCGAUGAACGUGACAACGGAAGGUGGCGUAGCUGUCAUUGAUACAAUGCUCGGUUGCGGUUUCCAUCAAAUGUGCAAUCUCGAAAAUGCUGCCGGCAAUGUUUUGGAUCUCGUAUUCACAAACAAAUUCUAUGAUUUAUCGCUUGCGGAGUCGUUGACACCGUUGAUUGAAACCGAUGUGUGGCACAAAGCGAUCGAAGUUGAAAUCACAAUUGAUGAAAAUGAGAGUGAAUUGAAUGACGUAACUGAGUUUUACAAGUAUGAAGCGGCUGAUUUUGUGGCGAUGAAUGAAUUCUUUGUUGGGAGAGAUAUUUCUACGGAAAUUGAGCAGCAGGACGACAUUGUAAAUUCGUUUCGGAUGUUUGAGAAUGUUGUACACGAAGCAAUGGACAAAUUCGUCCCAAAAGUCACCGUUGAAAAGAGCACAGAUCCACCGUGGUACAAUAAACAGUUGAAAAACUUGAAUAACCGAAGAAGAAAGGCACACGGGCGCUCAAAAAUCACAAACGAUUUCGCCGAUUACAUGGCUAUCACUGAUUCCUUCGUAGCAUUACAGGGUCAGCUGUUUCAGUCAUACAUCAGCCGCAUACAAUCGGACAUUAAAUCAAACCCGAAACAUUUUUGGAGGUUUGUGAACGACAGGCGCAAACGCAAUGACAUACCAUCGAUUAUUGAGUACAACAACCAUGCAGCCAGUAGUGACACAUCGAAAGCGGAGUUAUUUGCGGAUUUCUUCGAAAGCCAAUACACACCGAGUGAUGACAUUGAUUUGGAUAACUUGCUAAGUGAAUGCGGUGAUAAUGCGUUUGACAUCGAACUGAACGAGGCUGAUGUAUUGAAGGCACUGCUUUCGAUCAAUGUGAACAAAGGAGCUGGCCCUGAUGGCAUUUCACCGAAAUUACUCAAAAAUUGCGCGUAUUCACUCGCUCAACCGUUAUCAAAGUUGUUCAAUAAGUCAUUACAAGCGGGAAUAGUGCCGAGUAUGUUGAAAAAUUCGAGAAUUGUGCCGAUUUUUAAAUCUGGCAAAAAGAGCAUUGCAUCGAACUACAGACCUGUUGUCAUAAUACCAACAAUGGCGAAGGUGUUUGAAAGUAUUGUGAACAGUAAAAUUAAAGCAUUUGUGAACG